UGGUCUAGUAAUUAACAGUCUUUUCUUCACUCAGCAAGCUGAUCAUUCACCGGGCGGAGCCGAGCCGUCGACUUCUUUCGACGGCGACAAUUGGCCGCCGCCGCCUCCGCCUCCGCCGCCGCCAUCUCGCCCGCGAUGAGCAAGCGGCCUCCCCCCGAUCCCGUGGCGGUGCUUCGCGGCCACCGCGCCUCCGUCAUGGACGCGUGCUUCCACUUCUCUCGCCCCUUGCUCUUCACUGGCGCUUCGGACGGCGAAUUGCGGAUUUGGGACACCACUCAGCGACGGACCGUCUCGUCUUCUUGGGUGCACAGUGCGGCUCAUGGGAUCAUCGGCGUCGCUACUAGCCCUGUACUUGGAGCUGAUAAAGUUCUAAGCCAGGGAAGGGAUGGGACGGUCAAGUGCUGGGGCAUCGAAGAUGGUGGCCUAUCCAGAAAUCCCCUGCUGACUAUCAAGGCAAACUGUUAUCACUUUUGCAAGCUUUCAUUGGUGAAGAAGGCUUCUCCUUGUGUAAGGCCAGCUGAAGAGUCUGCGUGUUUCCAAGACAUGGGAGUUUCUCCAACUCCCAAUUCAGAAACCCAAAAUGGCAGUGGAAGACAGGUUGAGGGAAGUCUAACAGAGCGUUCCCAUGCCUCUGAAGGAUCCAUCUACGUAGCUAUAGCAGGGGAGCAGACUUCACAGGUCGAAAUUUGGGAUCUUAGAAAUAAUCAAAGGUCAGUUCAACUACCUCCAGACAAUCUUGGUGCCUGCCAAGGGAUCUCAACUAAAGAGAGAGGUAUGUGCAUGGCAAUUCAAGCCUUUAUACCAUCUGGCUCACAGGGGUUCCUCAAUGUUUUGGCUGGUUAUGAGGAUGGAUCAAUGUUGUGGUGGGACAUACGUAAUCCUCAGAUUCCAAUGACUUCUGUGAAGUUCCAUUCAGAGCCUGUUCUGAGCCUGUGCAUAGAUCAGUCAAACAGUGGGGGUAUCUCUGGUGCUGCAGAUGACAAAAUCGUGUGGUACAGUUUGGACCAUUCUCUGGGACGCUGUGUGGCUAAAACAGGAAUUAAUUUGGAGCGAGGUGGCGUUGCCAGCACUUCAAUAAGACCAGAUGACAAAAUUGCUGCGACUGCUGGCUGGGAUCACAGAGUACAGAUAUAUAAUUAUCGCAAAGGAAGUCCUUUGGCAAUAUUGAAGUAUCACCAGGCAACGUGUAAUGUGGUUUCAUUCUCAACUGAUUGUAAGUUGAUGGCCUCUGCAUCAGAGGACACUACAGUCGCGCUGUGGGAGCUCUAUCCUCCUCGCACUUGAAAAGGUAAUCGAGCAUUGUGCAAGGCUUCAUCUCCAUCUCCACCGGAUAACAAGCUUGGGAGAUAUCAGAAAUGGGAGGUGGAAUGGCCAGAUCUCAUGUGGAAGACUAUACUUCAAGCAAUGUCAUGGGCCUGCAAAUUCGUCUUUCUAUGGAUUAGGAAAUCUUUUGUGACUGAAAAUAGCAUAAUCGACUCGGGAAGAUCAUCUUUUGGACAUUCGUAUUCGAGACAUCCUGGCUAUCAAAAGAAUACUGCUUGCAAAUGGACAUUCAAAUCUGAGACUGUUGCACUGGUCAGAGACUUCUUUACCUCAACAGCGAGAAUCAACUGGGUCAUCUUAGUUUUGCGAUCAACUGUAAAGAGAAAAACUCAUAUCUGGAGACCAACCUUCAACUUGGGAGCAAAGCAGCGCAAUUUGGAUUGUUAAUCAUCAUAGGGCGUUCCCAGGAACAGUACCAAACGGUUUUGCAAGGACUCUUCAUUCUUCACUCAUCAGUUUCACAACUCUAAUAUCAUAUGCUGGUAGGGCCACUUCGCACAUUGAAUCUUCAGUCGACUAUUCAUUUGGAGAUUGCCAGAUUAUCUUGAGUUAGUUAUUUACUUGUACAAUUGUUUAUAAGUGCAAACUAUGAUGCCGUGAUGGCUAGUGAAAUCCCUCACCGUGACAAACCUUCUGCUUUGGCAGAUGAUUUUGUGUACAUGAUGAUACCUGGGAAUUUAAGGCCAAUGUUUCAAGGCCAAUGUCAUAA